AUGGCGAUUUACGAGAGCAAGAAGAUCGAGAUGGGAUUACCAGAGAAAGGAUCCGCGGAGCCUGUGGUCGACAGUGACGAGGAUCAGGUUGCGACGGUCAUCGACAACAAUGAUCAGUUGAAACGGCACUUGGGCAAUCGGCAGAUCCAGUUGAUUGCUAUCGGUGGAUCAAUUGGAACAGCUACCUUUGUAAGUAUCACAUCGGGCUUGACGAAAGGUGGGCCUGGCAGUUUGUUCCUUGCAUACACAAUCUACUCGUGUAUGAUGGGGCUAGUUAACAACUGCAUGGCCGAGAUGGCGGUCUUCAUGCCCGUUAGUGGUGCUUUCAUUCGCAUGGCUGGCAAGUGGGUGGAUGAGUCGUUUGGUUUCUGGGCUGGUUGGAACUUCUUUCUCUACGAGGUACUAUUGAUUCCAUUUGAGAUAUCGGCUCUCAAUCUCGUGUUGACGUUCUGGCGGGAUGACAUCCCGGUGGAGGCAGUUGUGGCUGCUUGUAUUGUCAUCUAUUUUAUUCUCAAUGCGUUCACUGUGAAGUGGUACGGAGAAGCAGAGUUCUGGCUCGCCACAGGCAAAGUUAUCCUCAUUCUCAUCGUGUUCCUCUUCACCUUCAUCACUAUGGUCGGUGGAAACCCCAAACACGACGCCUAUGGUUUUCGAUACUGGAAUAACCCGGGCUCAUUCGCGGAAUACAUCACAACUGGUCCCCUGGGCCGAUUCGAAGGAUUUCUUGGUGCCGUUUGGAGUGCCUCGUUUACCAUUGUCGGCCCCGAGUACAUGUCUAUGGUAGCUGGAGAAACCAAAUUGCCCCGAAGGUACCUCAAGACUGCCUUCAAGACGACCUAUGCGCGAUUCGCCUUCUUCUUCAUUGGAAGUGCCCUCUGUGUGGGAAUCGUUAUCCCCUACAACGACAAGACUCUCCUCGAUAUUCUCUCUGGUUCAUCCGGUGGCUCUGGUACCGCCGCGGCGUCGCCAUAUGUGAUUGCCAUGAACAACCUGGGCAUCACGGUGCUCCCGCAUAUUACCAAUGCCUUGCUCGUGACUAGUAUCUUCUCCGCUGGCAACGCGUACACCUAUUACGGCACCCGCAGUCUCUACGGUCUGUCUCUACAGGGCCAAGCUCCUAAGAUUCUGCGUAAGUGCACCAAGAAGGGUGUUCCAAUCUACUGCCUCUGCAUUGUCAUCGUCUUUCCCUUCUUGGCGUUCCUGAAUGUGUCCAGCAGCUCAGCCAAGGUGCUGACUUGGCUUACAAACAUCAUCACUGCGGCCCAGGUCAUUGACUACAUCAUCAUCUGCAUCACCUACAUUUUCUUCUACCGCGCCUUGCGGGCGCAGAACAUUGACCGCCGGACGCUGCCGUACUUUGGCUACUUCCAGCCAUAUUCGGCAUGGAUCGGUCUGGUCUGGAUGACGAUGGUGGUCUGCACAUACGGCUACACGACCUUCUUGCCGGGCAAAUGGACUGUCAGCGAUUUCUUCACGUAUUACACAAUGGUCCUUCUCGCACCGGUGCUGUUCUUCGGCUGGAAGCUUCUCAAGCGGACCAAGUUCAUCAAGGCGCACGAGGCGGAUCUUGUGUGGGAUCGACCUGUCAUUGAUGCAUAUGAGGCUAGCUUUAUGGAGUAUGCCCCUGGAUUUUGGACGGAGAUUGCACAGAUGUUUGGAUUUCUACGCAGCCGGCGAGAGAAGCGGCAGUUUUAG